AUGAUCAAGGAUGGUGACAAGUUCGAUAUAAAAUCCUUGGGCCCUCACACAGUUGGUCUCAUCAUGCAAAAUAGAAAGGUAAAGGUUGUCUUUCAGGGUUUACAUCCCCAAGUGAAGUUUGGGGAUUUUGCUGAGAUUAACGAGUCAUCUGAGUCCCAUGGAAUGUCCGAAAAGACUUUGUUCGAGCCAACUUCUUCUGAAAGAGUUAUUUCUGAAGAUGUCAUCACAGUGUCAGAUCAAGAUGACGAUGAAGCUCAAGCCACAGUUGCUCAUGUUGCCGAGGAACACGAGCUCCAACCUGUUCACGUUCAGAGUGAUUAUAAUGAGGGAUCGGGGAACGACAAAGAAGUAUUCGAGGAUGUCGACCUCACGGGAUUCGAUAAUGAUGAUAUUCCACUGAACUUCGGCAGUAAUGAUGAAUUUAUGACUGGAGAAGAUCUUGACAACUUGCUUGAAGAUGAUGAUGAAGUUGCUCAUACGACAACAGAAACAAGGGAAAAAGAAGACGUUCUCUUAGCUGCACCUCCUGUUUCUAAUCCAUCGGCGGAAAUAGCAAAUCCUAUGGUGACGGUGUCAGGAAUUCCUCCCCUUGAUGACGUUUUACCUACAUCUACGCCAAUGGAAAGUGAUCACCACACCACACAAGACUCUCCUCCACCAACCAAAAUACACAUAAUUGUUCUGAGAUUAGCAACUCAAAGUGCCUCAACUUCUCCAACAACAACCCUAGCUAUAGUUUCAGCUGAACCAAUCACUGAACGUCCUAGUACCUUCUUUGAAACUGAGAGUCCUUCACUCUCUGAACUUCAGAAGCAGGUCGAUGCUGUGAGUCAGAAAAAUGUUGAGUUGGAUCAGAGGAAUAUUGAGCUUUACAUUAAGGUCGCAGACCUUCAAGCUGAAAACACACAACUUAGUAUUCAAAUGGCAGAACUUACUGAACAAAAUGCUGCGAAGACCAAACAGAUUACAGAUCUUCAUACUCAUUUCGUCCUUCUGACCGGCAAUUACUAUGACUUGAAGAAAAACUUGGAAGAUAAAUUUGGAGAUGAAUUCAAGUCAUCAGUUUAA